AUGGAUAACAAUAAUAAAACAAUCGGUCUUCAUUAUUCGCCGCCUGGCUUUGACACAAUGGCUAUGUCAUCAAAUCAAACGUCGAAUUUUGUAGUUGACAUACCGAACGAUUUACAUUGGUAUCCAUUUUACCCUGGUCUAUGUCCACCAACAUAUUAUGUUAUUCUACAAGGUGUUUGUGCACCAUUGAUAAUUAUUAUUUCAACUGUUUUAAAUUCAUUAAUUGCUGUAGUUUUAUUACAAAAACAUCUUCGUUCACCAACUAAUAUUCUUCUACUUGCUAUUGCACUUUAUGACACGCUUACAGGACUAUUUCCUUUUCCAGCUUAUAUUUAUGUAUUUUCAUUUAAAAAAUGCGAUGACUAUAUGCCUUAUAAUUAUGGUUGGUUUCAUCGAAUUAAUUAUGAGGUGCUUCCUUUUAUCUUUCAUACAUGUUCAAUAUGGGUAACCGUUGUUUUAGCUAUACAACGAUAUAUAUACGUAUGUCAUUCAGAAAAAGCUAAACAAUGGUGUACAGUACCAAUGGCUCUUAAAGCAAUAGCAUGUGUUAAUAUUUUAGCACUUGUUACUGCAAUACCUAUGUUUCUUGAAGGUACAUUUCAACCAAAAGCAGUUCAUUCAUUACUAGAUCCAAAUAAAAUAAUUCACGCAUGUCUUGUGCGUGAUUAUUCUGAAGAUCGCAGAUUUAGUACAUUAUAUUCUGUAUAUACAGUUUUACGUGCUUUAUUGAUCAAUGUUGGUCCAUGCACAAUACUUGUUAUAUUAAAUAUGAUUUUAGUUCAACGUAUGAAAGAAGCAAAACAAAAUCGAGAUAGACUUAUUGUAAAACGUAGUCAUGAAGCUCGUGCCCAGGAACAAACAAGUGUUACAUUAAUGCUUAUUAUUGUAGUAACUCUCUUCUUAAUUGUUGAGAUUCCAAUGGCAAUUCAUAUAAUUAUAUCUGGUUUAUUGAAAUUAUUUAACAAAACAUUUCUAAACGAUUUUUUAAAUUUUUCUGUUCAAUUACUUAAUUUUGCUGUUUUAUUAUCAUAUCCAAUUAAUUUUUUUAUUUAUUGUCGUAUGUCAAGAGCAUUUCGAGAUGCAUUUACAAAACUUUUAUGUCCCUCAAUAAAUCAAUCUAGACAAGAACGAUUACCAUCAGCAACAACACAAUUAAUAGCCAAAUCACAUCAUAUUAAUAAUAAUUUUGAACUUAGUAAAACAUAUAUUGAAACAAAACAUACUGAUAUGGAAUCUCUCCCGUCACCAACUGUGAUAUUAAAUGCUACAACUGCUGAAACUUCUAUGUCAAUAACACCAUCAAUAACUCCUUGUCAUAUAAUAAAUGAUGGGAAAACUAGUUCGAUCAUCUCACUUGGCAAACAACAUGUAGUAUUUCAUGAUGAUAUUAAUUCAUCUACAAAUACAAAAUUUACUGAUUUGUAA